UGUCUUGAGGAAUAUUAGCAUGCUACCUUUCUUAUGUUGUUGGACGGAAAAGUUAAGACAACAACACAACGUUAGCAUCAUACGAAGCUAGCCAUCUAUCUCACGGAGGAGAUCAGAGUUUAGUAAAAGACUGGUUUACUGCGAGAAAUGUUUGGCGAUCGAUUAGAAAUGCCUUGGAGAUAGACCAGUCGAUUGCGAUCGACCGGUUGGUGACCACUGGAGGAAAGGAAUGCAGUACUGAGGCAGAAGGAAAUCUGAAGUCUUAUUACAUACAGCUGGGAAGAACUAUUGGAUAAGAGGCAACAUCAACUUACCAACAUUACGACCAGGAAUAAAACUUUCCCGAAGCGCUCCCAAGUAUACUACUCGCCAAUGUCCAGUCUCUUGACAACAAGUGUCUGCAGAUCAGAGCGACUCCAGGAUGGCAACAGACGCUGCAUCCCAGCAGACUCCUGGCUCCAAGAUCAUGACCUUUCACCCUUCCAUGGAGGAGUUUAAGGACUUCAGCCGUUACAUCGCCUACAUGGAGUCACAAGGAGCUCACCGAGCUGGAAUGGCUAAGGUUAUUUCACCCAAAGACUGGAAGCCCAGACGUACCUAUGAUGACAUAGAUGACCUGGUGAUCCCUGCUCCUAUACAGCAAGUGGUGACUGGCCAGUCCGGUCUCUUCACACAGUACAACAUCCAAAAGAAACCCAUGACCGUCCGAGAGUUCCGCAAGACUGCCAACACAGACAAGUUCUGUAACCCCCGAUAUGUGGAUUUUGAUGAGCUGGAGAGAAAGUUUUGGAAGAACCUGACUUUUAACCCCCCUCUCUAUGGAGCGGAUGUCAACGGAACACUCUAUGAUCCAGACGUGACAGAGUGGAACAUUGGUCAUCUGAACACUAUCCUGGACACUGUUGAGAGGGAGAGUGGGAUCAAGAUCAAAGGGGUAAACACUCCUUACCUGUAUUUUGGCAUGUGGAAGAGUACCUUCGCUUGGCACACUGAAGACAUGGAUCUCUACAGCAUCAACUACCUUCACUUUGGAGAGCCCAAGUCCUGGUAUGUUGUUCCCCCUGAACACGGGAAGAGAUUGGAGCGUCUCGCUAAAGGAUUUUUCCCUGGGAGUGCUCAGAGCUGUGAAGCUUUCCUGCGGCACAAGAUGACUCUAAUCUCACCCUCCAUCCUGAAGAAAUACGGCAUACCAUUUGAGAAGAUCACCCAGGAGGCAGGCCAGUUCAUAGUGACCUUCCCUUUUGGCUACCAUGCUGGUUUCAACCACGGCUUCAACUGUGCAGAGUCCACUAACUUUGCCACGCAGCGAUGGAUUGAUUAUGGCAAAAUAGCCACACUGUGCUCGUGCCGUAAAGACAUGGUGAAGAUCUCCAUGGAUGUGUUUGUGAGGAAGUUCCAACCAGAUCGCUACAACGCAUGGAAGGCAGGGAAGGACAACAUUCCUAUUGACCACUCCAAGCCCACGCCAGAGGCUGCUGAGUUUCUGACGGGAGAGAAGACAGGGGAGCCUGGAAAGGAGGGUCCAAGCCCCAGCGAGGCCCCUGAUCAGGAGGAGGAUACCCCAGGCACCACUGCUCAGGAGGAGAAGAGCAACCUGAAGGUUGGGAAAAAGCGCCAGCGGGAAGCAGUUGUGGAGGCAGCAGAGGAUGAAGACACUGAGCAGGCUGAGGAAGAAGGACAGGUAGCGCAAAAGAAAGUCAAGCUGGAUAAGUGGAGUGGAGGACACACCCCGGCACACAAAGAGCCAAAGCCAGAGGACGUUACAAAUGAGCUAACAAAGCUACCACCCAACGCAAAGACCAACCGAAACACAAACGCCAGCCGAAAGCUAGCACUUCAGAUGAAAGCCAAUAACUCUAUUAAAUCCACUCUAAUUAAAUCUCAGCCACAGACUAACAGUCAGAAAACCCAACCAGCAAUACCAGGCCCCUCCUCCCAGAGCUCAGAGAAGGCUGGCCCCAGUGAGGAUGUGAAGCCUCCAGCACCAGCCAACAGCCCCAGCCCUGCUCACCAACUCUUCCAGAGGACCCUGAGCCCGGCAGACGUGCUGCACGUCCACAGCUACGCCAAGGGAGACUACAGCGAGGGAGAGAGCAAGGAGGAGAUGAGGAGCGAUAGUAGUGAUAGUGAAGGAGAGGAACAGGAUGACAGCAAGGGGGCAGAAGAGGGAGCGGAGGAUGAAGGUGUGCAAAGCAAACUGGGGAAGCUGCCUCGCCAUCACCCUCUGAUGAAGGACAGCAUGAGUGACGAGGAGCUGCCAGAGCAGCCCCCAGUAGAGGAGGAUGGGUUAGAGGGAGAGCUGUGGGCCAAGCCCUUCGUCCACCUGUGGCAGAACAGACCCCCCAGCCUGAAGAGAGAGAAGGAAUACAACCGUCGCAUGGGCCUCCAGGCCCCAUACUGUUCCGUAUGCUCAUUGUUCCAGACCUACCAGCGGACGGAGUGUGCUGAUGACUGUAAGGACACUCCAGUGGUGUUGCCUGGAGGCAGACUGAGGACUAAGCCUCUGAUCGCUGAGAUGUGUUUCACUACCACCACUGAGCCAGAGGAGGGUGCUGAGGAACAGGCGCUUGGAGCUCUGGCGCCCACCACCCCUCACCUGGAGCCAGACGGCACCAGCCUGCUCAUCAGCUGCUCCCACUGCAGUGUCCGCAUACACACCAGCUGUUAUGGCGUGGAUCCAAAGAUUGUUACUAAGGACUGGAAGUGUGCUCGCUGUAAGGCCAACGCCAUGACUGAGAGUUGCUGUUUGUGUUCGCUGAGGGGUGGAGCCUUGCAGAAAGCCAACAACAACAAGUGGGUCCAUGUGCUGUGUGCAGUAGCAGUGUUGGAGGCUCGCUUUGUGAACAUCACUGAGAGAAGCCCUGUGGAUCUGAGUGGGAUUCCUCUACAGAGGUUUAAACUGAAAUGUUACUACUGUAAGAAGCGGAUGAAGAAGACGUCCGGGUGCUGUGUGCAGUGUUCCCAUGGCCGCUGUUCUACGGCCUACCACCCUACCUGUGCUCAGGCUGCUGGGGUCCUCAUGCAGCCAGACGAGUGGCCUUUCGUGGUCUACGUCACCUGCUGCCGGCACAAGGGCCCUAUUCAGACAGAGCGUAACAAAGCAGCAAUGCAUGAGCUCACCGUGGGACAGAGGGUGAUCUGUAAGCACAAAAAUGGCCGCUACUAUCAGUGUGACGUGGUGCAGCUUUCCAAGGAGACAUUCUAUGAGGUCAACUUUGAUGACGGUUCCUUCAGCGACAACCUCUUUCCCGAGGACAUCGUGAGCCGGAAUUGUGCCCAGCUAGGCCCCCCACCGCAGGGGGAGGUGGUGCAGGUCCGGUGGACAGAUGGUCUAGUCUACGGGGCCAAGUUUGUGGCUGCUCACAUCAUCCAAAUGUACCAGGUGGAGUUUGAAGACGGGUCACAACUAACAGCCAAGAGAGAUGAUGUCUAUACCCUGGAUGAGGAGCUGCCCAAGAGAGUCAAGUCAAGACUGUCCAAGGCGUCAGACAUGCGUUUCGAUGGUAUAUUUGAGGACAAGGAGGCCAUCCAGCAGUCGAAGAGGCAGAGAGUGAUCAACUCACGUUACAGAGGAGACUACAUUGAACCUGUGAUCUACAGAGCCAUCAUGGAGUAGUCUGCCGACUACAGCAUCGAGUAGCCUACUCUACCAACAAAUCACCAGCACUGAUAUUCCUUAUCCAGACUUCUGCUCACUUUACCUUAAUUUAUCCACUGAGUGAGUAAGUGUAGCUCUGACUAAAGGACUUCCUUUGAAAAGAACUGUCCAACCCCUAGUUUAGACUGUGUUUGUCUUUUUCUUCAAUUCAUCCCUUCAUCAUUACAGCAUUAGGCACUGGUUUCCCAGACACUGUUUAAGCCUUGUCCUGGACCAAAAAUAUCUUUCCAGAACUAGGCUUGAUCUGUGUCCAGGAAACCUGCCCCCAUGGUUAUUACCAUCCAUGUCACGUUUUAUGCUUCUCUGCCAGUGCCCAGUAGCAGUCAUUUAUGUAUUGAAUGAAGUGAUAUUGGCCCUUGAUUUUUGCUCCCAAACAAGAUGUAACUUUCUAAUAAUAAUAAUAACAAAUCACUCAAUAUAAUUCAGUGGUAGGAAGGAUUUCCUAAAGGGAGUGAAGCAGACACAAAAGUUAUUGCCACCCAUCCUCAUAAACACUUGUGUUUUCUGACUCAAUAUUUGACAGAAUGUUGCCAGUUGUUAUUUUACGUACAUAUGUAUAUUUUUUCCUAUGUAUACUGAACAAAAAUAUUAACACAACAUGCAACAAUUUCAAUGAUGUUACUGAGUUACAGUUCAUAUAAGGAAAUCAGUCAAUUGAAAUAAAUUAAUUUGGCCCUAAUCUAUGGAUUUCACGUGACUGGGUGGGCCUGGGAGGACAUAAGCUCACCCACUUGGGA